UGGAGCCUCAUCCAUCGCUCGCCGGUAGGGUUUAAGGCUUGAAAAAAAACAAAAAAAAACAAAAACACUUGGGAAUAUCAAUUUAGAAGAAGAACAGUCCAAGCAUAAGCAGAGAAGUUGGGUCCCUCUUAUUUCUGAUUCCAGGUGAAGGAACUCAUAAUGUUGCCAAGAUGGGGCAGAACUAUCACCAAUCUUUCGAGAGUUGGGCUGCAGAACAACUUGAAAUUUGGAAAAGAUUUCAAUGUGGUUUCAAGCCGAAGCUAUGCCAAGGUUGCUGCAGCUGCAACUGAUUCUGUGGAAAAAGGUCUCCCGAGUGCUCCCCCGAUUAACUUAAAUAAAAUGUUUUGGUCUAAGCCCUCCUCAUUGGCUUUGGCCCCGGACUCUCCUCUGAGAGUUGAAGAACCAAACUAUGUGGGCAUUAAGCGUAUUAUCCUCAAGCUGAUGCUGUUUUAUAGUAAACAAAGCAAGUCUAUUCGAGGGGCAAAUGUGGUAUACCGGCGAAUCAUUUCACAAGUUGAUAAACCUCUCAUUUAUGAAGUAUUUAACUUGGAGAAAACAUUCAAAACGACAUUUUCUUUACUUGUACUACAUAUGUGGCUUUACUUACGUCGCUUGAAAGAAGAGGGAAAGGAAGGUGUUGAAUUUGGGCAGUACUUGUACGAGAUUUACAAUCAUGAUGUGGAGCUGAGAGCUUCAAAGGCUGGGGUUAACUUACUGUUGACUAGAUGGAUGAAGGAUUUGGAGAAAAUUUUCUAUGGAAAUGUGGUUGCCUAUGAUUCUGCAAUACUCCCAGAAGCUAAAUCGGAUGAGCUGGCAAAUAUUAUAUGGAGGAAUAUAUUUUCUCAUGACGGUUUAUCACAGCCAAAUGAUGCUGCAUCACAAGCACUCCAGGCAAUGGCAAGAUAUGCUCGCCGAGAAGUUAGCUGCCUGUCCUUAACAGACAAAGAAGCUAUUCUUUCUGGGAACUUCAUGUUUACCUCGUUAGAGACUGAGAGGUUGCAUCCAAAGGGGGCAUAGGUGAGAAUCAAUCGAGUCAUAUUGAAAAUUUUCGAUUGUAAAAGUUUAUUUCUGCUGGAAAUUCUACAUAUUUGUAUUGAAUUAACAGUUGUAAAGCUCUUUUCGAAAGGAAUUAUUGUUAUUUCAUUA